CGUAUUGUAAAAAGCACUACAGUGUUAUGAUAUUUCAUAAGAGAAAGAGAAGUUAUAACUGUCGUACUCGAUUAUUGAACAAAUAAAUUUCUCGGUGAAAUAGAUUGGAUCAAAGUGUAUGUUUUAGUUGAAAGAAACGUGAUAAAUGUAAACAAAGUUUCAUUGAAGUUGAUUACAUUAAUUAUGUCAGAUUUUUCUAUAAAUGACCUCAUGUCAUGUCAUAUGUUUCAUAAAAUGUUUAAUAAGUAUUUUUCUGUGAAUAUGGUUCUUGUUUACUUAAAUUAUUCUAUAUUACUUGUUGUUAUUGAUAAAAGUAUAAUAUUUAUAAGCAGUAUAAAAUUGAAAGAAUAAUAUUAAUACCACUGCAAUAUAAAAGCAUAAAUUGAUAUGAAUUUUAUCAAUUUAUAUUCAAGACUUUGGAAUAUUCCAACUUUCAGUUUGCUUUGUAUAUGUUGUAUAUGAUAACUAUGUAAUUAUAGAUUAUGGAUAUGCUAAACUAAGCAAAUAACUAUCCCACGCUAAAUUUUGUUUCCCUUUAACAAAAUUAUAUGCUAACUUAUGUUAUAGAUUUUGACUUUGUAAAAGAUAUUUACUUUAUUGAUAAAAAUUCCAUUAUUGUUUAUUAAUAUGGAAGCUGAAUCCUCAAAACACAUAUGUAAAAUACAAGCUGUUAAUCGCGCCCGUAAGAUACCAAGUGUAAAUUACUUAUGGGAUAAAUCUACAGCAGUAUAUGGUCGUGUAAAAGAUACAAAUGUAUUUGUACAUUGGGCAUUUAACACUAUGGAGAACAUAGUUAAUACCGUGGUUGAAAAGUCAUUGCCAGUUGCUAAAUUAAUAGAAAAGCCUAUUUGUACACUUGAUAAGACAUUAUGUCAAGGAAUUGAUUAUGUAGAAGUAAAAUUACCCAUAAUAAAAGAAGAACCAAAGCAGAUAAUAAACCGGACUAAAUCUCUUGUAUCAGAACGUCUUAGACCAGCUGUUAAAACAUUCACAGAUUUAAAAAAGGGAACCAAACAUAGAGUUAAAGUUAUAAAGUUACACACUUAUUACAAAGUUCAUUAUUUAAGAAUGUAUAGUUGGCAGCAGGCAGAUAGAGUUAUGUCGACUGAAACAGGAAUUAGUAUUUUAAAAACUGUUGACAGUACCACUGAUUUCGUUGAAUUAAUAUUGGAUAAAUACUUACCUAUUCCUUCUGAUGAUAUUCACAAUAAAGGAACUGAAAAGUUAUGCAAUGAAGAUGCCAAACUUCAUCACACUGUUGGGAGAUUAAGUGAAUUUAGUUCUCGUACUUCAAAACGUAUUUACUUUGCUUUAAUGGAAUUGCAACAUAUUUAUAGAAUGGAAAUUCGUUUGUUGAUAUCAGAUAUUAUAUGUAUACUCUUAUUAUUCAAAUACAUACUGCAUGGUGUGUAAUAUAUAUAUGUAUGCAUGUAUGUAUAUAUGUAUAUAUAUAUACCACAUACUGUAUAUGAAAAUAUGCAGUAUAUUUAAAAUUGCACUUAAGCAUUGUUGUGUACUUAUAAUAGUUUACAAUAAAAUAUCAAAUAAUUCUAUGAUAUAUUAA